AAGAAGAAAACAUGCAGCGGAAGUAAACAAUAAACGCUGUUACCGUUAGCUCAGCGCUAUCGAUGUAUUGAGUCAACUAUUGUUGUAUUCUUUUCAUGUGGUGAAACAAUGACUUCUACUAUGGCAACAAUGUCUUCAGUUGACUUUUUGAGAGAGUUUGUUAACGAGCGGCUCUCUGCUGCUGCUGAAGAAAUAUUUGGAGUUUUUCAGAAAACUAUCGUAAAUUACGAGGAGGAGAUCAGACGGCAGCGCAGACUGCUGGAUGUCGUUUUGAAACCGGAAAUAAAUAUACACAGGAUAGAGCUCCCACAGCAUCCUGUCUGUGAGGAGCAGGUUUUCUCUGAGCAGCAGCUCUGUAUUCAGGAGAGGAACUCCAGUCUGGACCAAGAGGACCCAGAGCCUCCACAGAUUAAAGAGGAGCUGGAGGAGCUGUGCACCAGUCAGGAGGGAGAGCAGCUUGGACUGGAGCCGGAGACUGAUGCCUUCAUGUUGACUGCUACUGAGGAGGAGAGUGAGCACCAGCUCCUCUCUCACAACUCUCAUGUAGCUGAGAGCCAAGAUCAGAAAGGAGGCGAGCAAGCCUCAGAGCCAAAACCACAUCACAAAGGCAAAAGUCAAAGUAAAGAUGUAAACAACAUGAACUUGUCAGAGAUGCACAGUGAUACUCAACAGUCUUUAAAAUGUGAUGCAUGUGGAAUGUAUUUCCAGGAAAAAUCAUCACUGGACAAACAUCUGAAAAUCCACACAAUAAAAAAAACACUUUCUUGCAACACUUGUGAGAAAAUAUUUGCUAAUAAAUCAGAAUUAAUCAUUCAUACAAGAAUCCACACAGGUGAGAGGCCAUAUUCGUGCCAAAUGUGUGGGAAAACUUUCAAACAAAAUAGUAACUUGAUAGCGCAUAUGAGAAUCCACACAGGGGAGAAGCCAUUUUCGUGCCAAAUGUGUGGGAAAGCUUUCAAAAAAAAUAGUCACUUGAAAGAGCACGUGAGAAUUCACACAGGGGAGAAGCCAUUUUCGUGUCAAAUGUGUGGACAAGGUUUCUGUCGAUCAUCAGCUUUGAAAAAUCAUCUGAAAUUCCACAUGGGGGGAAGCCAUAUUCUUGCAAAACAUGUGGGAAACGUGUCCGGUAAAAAUACCAUAUUCAGUAGUAACUUGGGAAGCCACACAGAAACACACAGAGGGGAAAAGUUGAAUCCCUGCAGCACAGAGCCUCCACAGAUUGAAGAGGAGCAGGAGGAGCUGUGCACCAGUCCGGAGGGAGAGCAGCUUGGACUGGAGCAGGAGACUGAUGCCUUCAUGUUGACUGCUACUGAGGAGGAGAGUGAGCACCAGCUCCUCUCCCACAACUCUCAUGUAGCUGAGAGCCAAGAUCAGAAAGGAGGCGAGCAAGACGAGCCAAAACAACAGAAUCAACGUCCAUAAAUUCAAUAUAAUAAUGUAAACCACACACAUUUGUCAUUGUUGCACUGUUAUACUGACUCGGGUUAACAGCCUUUAAAAUAUAACAAAUGUAGAAAAGAUUGUAACUAUAAUUCAUUAUUUGAGAGAUACCAGAGAAUCCACACAGGAGACAGGCCACUUACAUUAAAAGCUUACAUUAAAAAGCUUACAUUAAAAACUACUUACCCCUAGUAGUACUCCUACCCCUAGUACUCGGGGUAGGAGUACUACUUUAAAAAUGUCUUCCAUUGCAAUUAGAAAUUACCUUUUAAACCAUUCAAGUAACCUAAUGCAAGUCUCACAAAAUACAACUAAUGUGGCCUGAUAACUGUCCAUUCAUUUUGUUUUGGAUUGUCUCUAUUAACCCUUAUGCCCUCCUCGGGCAUUUUCGUACAUCUUUCCCGACUUUUUUUAAUUUUUAUUUAGUGAUAAUUUCAGCUGUGUUACAGCUUUUGGUAUGGAAUUUUGCCAGAAGUCUUCUUUUUAAAUCCAUUGUUGUUUACUCUUACAUGUUUUAUGUACUCUCGUGAUGCAUUUUGCACCCUCUCGACACCUUCGUGGCAAAAAUGUACACGCCCAAAA